UGGCAUAUAAUCUUGUAGGAGUAUCUAUAUUAGAACUUCGUCACUAGAAGAGAGCACCAACGUUGGGGAAUGUUGUACCUUUCGCGGUAGCCUUGCCAAAUUAGACGUCAAAUCUGGCCCUGUUUUAUGCUACCGGAUAAUGAUGGAAACCUGGGACAAUAUUCCGGUGCAGCUAUUUGGGGCAGUAGUCCAUCAAUUGAUGUCCAUAGAAAACAUGCGUAUAUUGCUACCGCGAACGUGUACUCGGUCCCUGAAAAUGUAAGCCAAUGCCAAGAAAACCAGAAUAAGAAUUCAACAUCCCAACCCACUCAUCCAGAGGCAACUCAAUGCUUGCACUUGAUAUCGAUCGACUCUGGCAAUAUCAAGUGGGCAAGUGGUACCGUCAGUUGGGCGGCUAUGAUGUGUGGUUCGUACAAUGUUUCCUCAAUGCCUCAACUUGCCCUCCCGGACCAAAUGUGGAUGCUGAUUUUGGUGAAGCACCGAUGAUGCUUAGUGCACAAGUCAAUGGGAGCAAGCUGGAUAUAGUGGUCGGGCCGUUCAAAAAAGUGGGUUUGCAUGGGCUCUAGUCGGGAAUAAUGGAAGCCUUAGUUGUCUGGUCUAUGGAAGCAGGGCCUGGUGGUCUUGGCGGAGGAGGAACCUGGGGGGCAGCUACUGAUAAGAAAAGAGUAUACACGAAUAUUGGCUACUCGGAUCACAAAAAUUUCACUCUCAAACCAUCAAAUAAUAUAACAACCGCCGGGGGAUGGGUUGCAAUUAAUCCUCGCAAUGGGAAAGUCCUAUGGACGACGGCUAAUCCCAGCGAUGGAACUUCUCCGGGGCCUGUUAGUGUGGCUAACGGUGUCUUAUUUGCUGGAUCGACAAGCCAACGAGGACCGAUAUAAGCAAUGAACACAAAAACUGGCAACAUCCUGUGGUCUUAUGACACCGGAGCAACAGUGUACGGUGGGAUGUCGUUAAGCAAUGGGUGCAUUUACGUUGGCAAUGGAUAUACAGUUAGUGUUGGAGCUGUGAGUCCGUUUUCCGCUGGAACCUCACUCUUUGCCUUCUGUGUAUAACAAGACACACAUCACUGCAUCAGCAUGUGCAUCAUCUCUAGCUACCUGA